CUUCACAAGUGAAAAAUGAACGAAAAUAAAGAUGCUGAUUCCAAAGAAAGUGGAGAAUAUGAAGAUGAUUUUGAAAAGGACCUGGAAUGGCUAAUUAACGAAAAAGAAAAAAGUGAUGCCAGCGUAACAGAGAUGGCAUUUGAGAAGGAAAAGCAUGUUAACCAAGAAUUAAAAGAGAAUGAAAUAGAAGUAGAGCACAUCGAACAGCUUGCUGAUCCUGACAAAUCUUUGAAGGAUGAGGCUUCAUUAAGAAGAAAUGACUUCAUUUCUGUACCAAGUAUUCACCCUUUGGAUCCUGUUUCAGAUUCAGAUAGUGAAAACUCUUCCCAAGAAUCCAAACUAGAAAUUCAGAAAGACCUGGAGGAGGAAGAGGAUGAGGAAGUAAGGAGAUAUAUUAUGGAGAAAAUUAUACAGGCUAACAGGCUUCUGCAGAAUCAAGAACCUGUGAAUGAUAAAAGGGAGAGAAAACUCAAGUUCAAGGACAAAUUAGUUGAUCUGGAAGUUCCUCCAUUAGAAGACAUUGAUAAUUAUAAAAAUUACUUUGAAAAUGAAAGUAAUAUGUCUGGAAAACUAUCACAGUUAUGUAUUUCCAGUCAAUUUGGACAAGAAAAUGUGCUCCUGUCACUUACAGAUGGAAACUGUGAAGAAAAUAAGGAUAGGAAGAUACUGGUAGAGAGAGAUGGAAAGUUUGAACUUCUGAAUAUACAAGACAUUGAGAGUCAGGGAUUUUUACCCCCUAUUAAUAAUGCUAAUAGUACAGAAAAUGAACAGUUGUCACCCAGAUUUUCUAGCUCAUUAGUCAAUGGUGUCAAGAAAGAAGAUUCUGCAGCAAAGAUUCAUGCUACCACUCACUUAUCAACAGGCGAGCCACAGGCUUACGUUCCUCAGCCACCACCCAACCCCAAAACUCGCCCAAAUUCUGCUGCCAACUCAAAUCGAAAUAAAGGGAAUGGGAAAUUCAAUAACAGGACACAUUCUGCAACUAUAUCUCCAGUAACCUCAACAUACUGUCUUUCUCCCAGACAGAAAGAACUGCAAAAAAAACUAGAACAAAAGAGAGAAAAACUAAAAAGAGAGGAAGAGCAACGGAAAAUGGAAGAAGAGAAAGAAAAGAAAAAGGAGAACGACAUGGUAUUUAAAGCAUGGUUACAAAAGAAACGAGAGCAGGUCCUUGAAAUGAAGAGAAUUCAGCGAGCAAAGCAAAUUGAAGAUAGCAGUAGAGAAAAUAGAGAUCCACAACAAGCUUUUCGAUUAUGGCUUAAAAAAAAGCAUGAAGAACAGAUGAAAGAAAAAAAGACAGAAGAACUCAGAAAGCAGGAGGAAUGCUUAUUCUUUCUUAAAGGAACAGAAGGCCGUGAAAGGGCCUUUAAACAAUGGCUAAGAAGGAAACGAAUAGAAAAAAUUGCAGAGCAACAAGUUGCCAAAGAGAGAGCUAGACAGCUUCGACUAGAAGCUAAGCGUUCUAAACACAACCACAUAUAUGUGUCAGAAGCCAAGUCUUUUCGUUUUACUGACCAUUACUAAAAGUAUCAAUUAAAUACUUCUUUUGGCAGCUGAUGUCAUCAAAAUUUUGGUUAUCAUUUCUUAUGGCCUCUGUGCUUUGUUCUUUAAAUUAUGGAAAAUGGUAUUUAUCUUUUGGUGAUGUUAACAGUUAAUUUUUUUUUUUAAUGGUAGCACAAAAUAAAUUUCUUCUUUCACACUAUUGU